GUACCGACCUUAGGUAGGCAUGGAGGUACUUGGCGCAUGUACCUUCUCAACCCAUCGUCACAAUUCUGGGCGCCCCGCAAUUGCGUACGUGCGAUUAGAUAACAUUUAUCGAUAACAUUGCUCUAAGUGAUAAACGCGUCUCACGCGUCGUCUAGGGGAAGGUCUCUUGACCGUUAUCAUUUGCCUACCUGCCUAAGCUACCUACCUCAAUAGUUCGACGCGCGCGCCAUAUACCAUCCCGUGAAGGGACCAGAAAAUAUUCAAUCUCUCCACAGCCUCGGUUGUCUUUUACGCCCUGGUCAUCAUGGUCGAUUCAGAAGACUUGUUCGCGGGUGAACCGCCAAUCAUCGACCCGUACGAGGUCCUGGGCCUUGAACGCACGGCGAGCGAAGGCCAGAUUAAGUCCGCCUAUCGAAAGCUCGCUCUUAAAACCCACCCAGACAAAGUAUCAGAGGACCAGAAACAAAAUGCCCACCAACUCUUCCAGUCAAUCGCCUUCGCAUAUGCUGUGCUCUCCGACCCGGCAAGACGCAAACGCUACGACGAUACGGGGUCGACCUCGGAGUCCAUUGUCGACUCCGACGGCUUUAGCUGGUCCGAUUUCUACCGAAGCCAGUUCGAUGCGACAACCCUUUCCCAAGCGGUCGAAGAAUUUGCCAAAGAAUACAAGGGCUCCGACGAAGAGAGGGACGACCUCCUAGCCGCCUAUAGAGAGAGCAAGGGGAAGAUGGACAGGAUCUACGGUACGGUGAUGCUCAGCGACGUCCAGGAGGAUGACGAGCGAUUUCGUUCCAUCAUCGACGACGCGAUCGCCAAGAACGAGGUACCCGCGUUCAAGUCAUACACGCACGAGAGCAAGAAAUCGCGGGAAGGACGCGUCAAGAAGGCGCAGAAGGAGAGUGUCGAGGCCGAGGAACACGCAAAGGAGCUGGGAAUACACGAUAAACUCUUCGGGAAUAAGACUAAAAAGGACGGGAAAGGCAAGAAGGGGUCGUCCGAAGAUGAUCUAGCAGCGCUUAUUCGCAGCAGACAGCGAGAUCGGGAAGACAUGCUGGACAAUCUGGCAGCUAAGUAUGGCGCGACAACGAGCACGAAGAAGGGUAAGAAGCGUGCGAGUCCCUCGGAGGAACCCUCGGAGGAAGCCUUCCAGGCGGCCGCCGCGCGACUGAAGAAGGGCAGGAAGAAGUGAGGCUAGAAGGGCAGUCAGUAUGUGUUCGUUCUACUUGGUAUGGUUCGUCUUCUUCGGCGUAUUGCGGUCGGUGUCGGGGAAGGUAUCGGAGGCAAGGGCGAUAUCGAUCAGGUCAGGUUAGGUCCGCAUUGCAUUCGGAAGAUGGGUGCGCCCUUCGUUAGUAUCAAACACAGGAGGUUAGAUCAUGACUGGGUGGAAUGACGAAAUGAAGAAUGAACUCGCGAGAAGAACAGCAUUAUAGGAAGCUAAUGUGUUGUCCGACUGCAUCGAUGAGCCCUUGGCGGCCAUGCAUCAAACGGGGAUAUAGCAUAAAUGAGGCACCGGAUCCCUCGAGC